ACUCGACUGAAGCGAGUAGUGCGAGCAAAGUAAGGCGCUGUCGGUCCUGAGGCAGAGGCAGCAUCCCGCGGGUAGACGGGGGAAGAGUCCACCUGUGUUUUCAGGUGUUUUCCUGCUUCCCGCCGCUCCUCCACCUCCACCUCCACCUCCACUCCUCCGCUUCCAGCUCUUUUUUUUUUGUCUGUGAAAACAUUUAGUGUCACAUUUCGCAUUGUGGCAGCCCGAGCGAGCGGAACACCUGACUUUUCCUGCAUCUUCAGCUUCCACCAGCUUUUUUUUUUUUUUUUUUUUGGGGGGGUUUUGUUUUCUACAGACCAGAUGUCCUGGGGACCCGCGGAGCUGCAGCCGCUGAUGUUCCCCACCACUGACCGUAUCCCUGCUUGUUGCUCAUGUAGUGCUGGACAGAGGGAGGAGGACAAGUUGAAGUCUCGCUCCUGAAAGGCGGCGAGCUCCAAAUGCAUUGGCUCCUGGGUCGGGAGAAGAAAGAAGACGAAGCCGGGUUCGGGAUCGGUCUGGGUCUGUCCUCGGGUUCUCUGCCCCAAGCCGCCGCCACCAUGUUCAGCUGCGUGGGCUGCUUCUGGGUGCUCCUGUCCUCCGCCCUGGUGGCCGUCUGCAGCUUCAGCUUCAUAUCCCCCGCCUGGAUUGUUAAGGAGCAGCUGAGGAGCGGCCACCAGCAUCAUCAGCACCACGGCGCCAAAGACUCGGUGAGCUUCGGCUUGCUGUGGCACUGCUCCGAGUCUCUGGAUCACAUGUACCGGUGCUACACCUUCGGGGGACUGGGCAAAUUUGCAGAGAUCCCCUCCAGCUCCUGGCAGACCAGCGCGGUGCUGUGUUCAGGAGGCUGCGCCCUGCUGGCGGUCAGCUCCCUGCUGGCCAUCAUCACCAUCUUCCUGCCCGGCGGAGGCUGCGAGCGGAGGAUCUGCACCCUGGCCGGAUACAUGCAGAUGGCAUCAGUGUUCAUCAUGGCCACUGGUCUGCUGGUGUACCCUUUUGGCCUUAACUCCUCACUGGUCCGAUCUUUCUGCGGAGACGCUGACAUCUACUACGCCGGCGAGUGCCAGAUCGGCUGGGGCUACAUGCUGGCUAUCGUUGGAGUCAUGCUCACCGUCUUCUUGCCCUUUUUUGCCAAAUAUGCACCGAAGGAGCAGCUGUCCCCCACCCCAUUGCCCACUCUGUUAUAGUUCCGUCUUGUUUUUCCUCUUUUACUCUUGACCACUUUAUAUGUCCCGGGACAUGAUGUCCUAAGGAGACGCCUAGCAAAGUUCCUGGGAGAAGCUCUGCCCAGAGACAGCUGAGGCUGAACACAAACACGUACAUAGAAAAAAAGAUGCUGUCUUCCUGCUUCUGUAAUGUUACGAACUCAAAUUGAAGUCAUUUAAAAUUCUUUUUAAACAGUGAACUUUCUGUUUUGUUUUCAUUGAAUGAAAGCAUAUAACAUUCCGAAUGGAAGCAUGAUGCUCUGUGGUUUCAGCCACAUCAAUGUUUCAGUGCAAGUUUUUUUUUUUUACUAAGAAAGCUUGACGAAGAGGCAAUAAGGACAGUUCAAGGAUUUAAAGGAAAUUGUACAGACAGAGGCAUUUGAAUCUUAAAUGAGUUGUCUCUAAAAUGAAUCGAUUGUAAAUAAAUCCAUGGGAACUCUGAAGUGCUAAACAACUCUUUAAAAUAAGAACUUUGAUAUUUGGAAGGUAUUUUCUUUUGCCCUCUUCUCUUGGGACAUGAAUUAACCAGUGGGAGUCAAAACAACGUUCAGCUUUCAAAGACUGAGUUGAGUUCCUCACGCAAAGAAAAGGAUCACAGUGGUCCACUGAAUGGACAAUUUAAAGAUCAGCUUCCUGUCCUAAAAGGAAGUAAGUCAUAACAGGUAGUUGUUUCCGAGGGGUGUUGUUAUAAGAUAAAGGAAAAAGACAAAAAAAUAAUAAUAAAAAUGUUGAACACGCUGCGUGUUUUUGUCACCCUCUUCCCCAGAUUUGUUUGUGUGAUGUGCUUGUUUUCUCUGCCUAUGACACCCGAUACUAAACUUUUAUUCAGGAAAGAAAAUGUUGCAAAAUGCCAGGAGAUGUAGGGAUUGUGUCUAAAACUGCAUGAAAAGAUGGGCUUUGUUAAUGGUAGAACAGCUGAUCUAGAUUUUCAAUGUGAUCUGACCAACUUGUGCCUUUUGACAUUACAAAGACAAGUUUCAUACAGUUAUCAGGUAUUGAUCUCUCUCUGCUGAAAACUGAGGAUUCCGUUGUGUCAUGUGAUGUGUUUUUUCUCUUCUAUUUUUCCUCUCGGUGGUAAGGUGUUUUUAUGUACUUCAUGCAGUGUGUGAUCAUAGUUUGGAGAAAUGCUGAAAAGAGAAAAGAUGUAUUUGAAUCCUUGAGGAUAAUAGCCGCGUAGAAAGCGACACACUCGUUUUAAAUUAUCCCCUGAACUGCUUCUGCAAAUGAUUGAAAAGGUGAAUCACUCAAACUGCUUCACGGAGCGGCUACAACGCUCAGCUAACAUUAAUUCUCUGAAUCCAUUUUUUUUUUUUUUACGAAUUCAGUGAAAAGACUAGAGGAGGAUUUUAUAUUUUUAAGCUGGCACACGAUCAAAAUGAUGUGUGAAAUAUGAUCCAGUUUCCGCUUUUGAAGUUCUGGUACAAAAUAUUCACAAUUAACUUCCCGUUCACUGCCAAUUUCUUCCAACCCAACCCCCAUUUUCAGCGAGUGUUUAAGAAGAUUCAUAUUCAGCUAUUGAUCAGAGUUUUACUAACAGACUAAACCUUAAAAUAACUCCCAAUUUGGGCUUCAGUACUGACAUAAAUUGAAAGAUUAAUGUGACUUUGUUGCCAUAUUUUAAAGCUAAUGGGAACUAGAAAUGUAAGUAGUGUACUGGACCUCAUACUGUGCUUGACUGGGGUAACGACGUUGGACUUAUUCCCUUAUUUGUUGGACAAUUAUGUGUAAAGUCUCAGCACUGGUGAAAAAAAAAAGUGUUUUGUAGAGAAAGUAUGUUGAUUUUUUUUUUUUCAUUGUGGAAUUUGACUGUAAAUAAACUAACUGUUGUUGAUAUCA